CGUGGACCAAAACCACUGAGGGGAAAUUAGUCUCGGCACAACUCUGGUGCCUCAUGUCUCCUAUUCCACUUCUCCCACCACAUCCAUUCAUCUCUUGGUAGCUGUUUCGAUAAUUAUUGUGUUUCUUCGAGUUGAUCUUUUCAAAACGUCACCACACAAUGUUCUUCCUCGUCUACCUCUACUACAAAAUCCUCGCGGUCGUGAUCAGAACAUUCCUCGGCCCCAAACGAGAGAUCAAGGCCACGCCAGAUGACGUCUAUCAAAUUCCGUCACGCGAUGCAGAGCGGACUAUCAAAGUCCACGUCUACCGAAACGCAUCCGCAUCCACCGAGCCGACCCCUGUGCUGAUCAAUUUUCACGGAAGUGGGUUUCUGCUUCCCCUUCACGGCAGCGACGACGCAUACUGUCGUCAGAUGAGCCAUGAAACUGGCCGUACCGUCCUCGAUGUCCAGUACCGUCUAGCACCCGAGAACCCGUUUCCCGCGGCGCUCAACGAUGCCGAGGAUACUGCCAAGUGGGUUCUAGGACAGCCGGAGAAAUUCGACCUCCGCCGGGUGUCUCUCUCCGGCUUCAGCGCCGGCGGUAAUCUCUCCUUGGCAGCGGCAGCCAAUCUGUUCCCCUCGCAGACCUUUCACUCCGUUCUGGCGAUAUAUCCCGUCGUGGACUUGGAUACGGAUCCUGCCAUGAAGACUGCGCCCGAUACUUCAGGACGACCAAUCCCGGCUAGAAUGUCGAGAAUAUUUGACAGGUGCUACACGCAUGCCGCGUAUGAUACGCGGGAUCCGAGGAUCUCUCCGCUGUAUGCUAGUGCAGACCGAUUCCCUGACCGAGUCAUGAUUGUUACUGCGGCCUGUGAUAACCUGGCGCCUGAAGCGGAGGCUCUGGCGGAGAAGAUUGCCAAGGAACCCGGAAAGCUGGUGGUGCAGCAGCGGAUGCAGGGCUGCAAUCACGGCUGGGAUAAGGCUGCUCGGGCGGGGACGGUGCAGUGGGAUGCAAGAGAGAAGACGUAUGCCAUGGCGGCAGCAAUGUUGUCGAGGUAACCUUGUAUCAUAGAAGCCUUGUAAACAGCCUAUCUCAUCUACUUUUCUCC